AUGACAACCUCCAGCAAUGUGAACGCCACGCUGCUGCUCGUGACGGGGCUGCUUAGCGCGGGUGUGGCCGCAAUGGGCUACUAUUUCUUGCACAUAAAUAGCAAGAAGCAACGGGGCCUUUCCACGGACAGCAGCAAGGCUCGCGUGUCUGACGGUGGAAGGGCGUCGACCACUCGAAAAGAGAAGAGCGAUGGGACCGAAGCUUCAGUAGCGGACGGCAGAGCCACGAUUGGCUUUGGUGAAAGGAAGAAGGAAUCUGUUGCGUGUGAGAAGACUGCGGUUGUUGAAGCGUUUGAGGUUGCACCUGCUGGACAAGCGAAGGCGGCGGAGCCCGUUGUGGUGGAAGCUGUCCAGUCGAUGGAUGUGGAAGAUCCUUCUGUCAGUGCUGAUGUAUUGCAGGAGGUCAUUUCAGUUUCCAUAGAUGCUUUGCGGAGCAGUCCAAGGAAGACUGCUGAGAGUCCAGCGAUGGUGGAGAAGCCGGUGGUUCUUGAACUUUCGAAGCCGUCGAACGAGAGCCCAAGUAUGGCGCUUGAGGGUCUGAAGAAAGUUGCUGUAAUUCAAAGGAAGAUUACAGAGAGCUCUGAGGAGGUUGUUGUCAGUCUUGAGAAAGCUGUUAACAGCACGAGGACAUAUGCGGACGCGACUGAGGUCGUCGCAGAUGAGCUGGUAAAGCAAGCCCCUGUCAGCCCGGUGAAAGCCCUAAUGAGUCCCAAGAAGAGUCCUAACGAGGUGUCAAAGGAAACAUCUGCUCCUGAUUCUAUUACAACGGAGUCGGAUGAGGACCACAUCGUUGCUCAAGCAGUCAUCGAAACUGCAAGUGCAUUUACCGAUGAGUUUCUCCAGGAGUCUCUUGAGAACACCGCACUGGAGCAUGAAGAGUACGUCCAGGUGGACUUGACGCGCUCGAUGAUGCUGUCGCAGAGCACCUCGGAGGUAUCUCACAUCGACAAUGUAGUUGAGACCACGCCUGAGGCUUUUUCCAUCGAAGGUCCAGCAGCGAAAACAGAGGAGACUGUCCCUGCGGGCGAAGAAGGUGUUGUCAAGGAGAGCAUUGUGGAGGAGAGCAUUGUGGAGGAGAGCAUUGUGGAGGAGAGCAUUGUGGAGGAGAGCAUUGUGGAGGAGAGCAUUGUGGAGGAGACCAUUGUGGAGGAGAGCGCUGUUGAGAAAUGCAAUGUAGAAGAAAAUACUGUCGUGGAGAGCAUUGUUGAAGAGAAACGUGAGCAAGUUUCACUGGAAUCACAUACCUCGGCAGGAGUUGAACCUGUCAAUGACGUGACUGCAGCUGUAGAGACAUCGGCGCCGCCACCAGGAAGCCCCGAUGGGACGCCACUGUCAUGGGAAUCUAUUGUAUUUAGCCCAGAACUACAGGCAGAAUCUACUGAAGAAACCAUAACUCCGUUGUCACUGGACACGGAGGCACUGGAUACUCCGGCAGAAAGCAUUGACUCCACGGAGUCUCUUUCCAUUCAAGUUCCGGCUGAAAACACUGAGGCGCAUGCUGAAGACAAAGACGCGAGCUCUCCCAUGGACAGUGGUGGCUCGACGCCCAACACGCGCAACCGCAACCGGGCAAAGAAGGCCAAGAGCAAAAAGAAGAAAAGCAAGAAGCACCACUAG